AUGUUCAUUUGCAGGGCGAAAGAGAAAGAAGAAAUGUUGAGCACAUAUACGCAAAGAAGUUCUCCGGAAAUAGCUUCAUCGCCAAUUCUUAUAUCACUAAAUGAUGAGGCUAUACCUAUAGGAAUUAUUCAAGCACAAACUGUGAUGCAAUCUUUUCACAUUGAAGGAUACUCUCCAAUUGCUGACAGCAUCAACUUCUACAAACUGGAGAAAGCAAUAAAAAGAGAACUUGACAAGACAAAUAUUGCUAAAAGUAAAGAUCUAGAGUGGUACUUCUUUUGCCCAAGAGAGAGGAAGUAUGCAAGUGGAGCCAGAAUGAAUCGCGCUACUGAAACUGGAUACUGGAAAAUUACUCGGAAAGAUAGAUCUAUUACUUAUGAUGAGAAGAUUGUUGCAUCAGUUAAAACACUUAUUUUUCAUCAAGAUCAUCCCCCGAAAGGGCAGAGAACCGAUUGCGUUAUUCACGAAUACAAGUUUGAAGAUAAAGAAUUAAUAUUUUAUAUUUGA